AUGGCCGCCGUGGCGUCGUACGCGUGCACUCACAACUGCACGGACGCGGAAUACCCGCCGUCCUGCGACAUCCUUGGAAGCACCGACGAAUGGCUGCCUUGGCACGAGAUCGUGGAAUAUUUCUCGUACAAUCCAUGGAUAUUCUCCCUGCUGGGUAGCACCAUGGUCGGCCUCACGGGUAUCUUCCCUGUAUGGCUCAUCCCCAUCCAGGAUGGUGUGGAUUUGAAAACUGGCGAAAACGGUGGCACUUUAAAGAUUCUUUUGAGUUUUGCCGUGGGCGCAUUGUUGGGCGAUGUUUUCCUACAUCUUCUGCCGGAAGCAUUCGAAAGUGAAUUUCAAACGAGAGCUAAAAAUAAUCACGCAUCUACACCUGCAGGCUUAUGGGUAUUGUCGGCCUUUCUGUUCUUCGUAAUUGUUGAAAAACUCAUCGCCACUAUAAACGAGGAAGCCGCCCCGAUCAUUGUAGAACAGCAGACUGAUGAAACUCUGAUAGAGGAUAUGAAUAAAGAAAAAGAAAUGGAUAAUAAUAAUUGUAUCAUGAUGACGAGCACUGAGAAAAAUAAUUUAUUAAAAGAAUGCUUGAAAAGUACAACCGAGGUACAAUUCCUGGAGAAACAAUCCAGUAAGGUGGAGUUUACUCAAAUGCUGAAUGGUAUCAAAGAUCUACGAAAGAAUAGUUUUAAAGAAGCUGACAUUAUGAAAUCUGCAUUAGCAAGCGAAUGUCCUAAUGAUGGUCCGCUGGUUGACGAGGCAAAGAACUGCUUGAAGAAACUCGCGAAGACGACUAAUGGCUUCACAUCAGUGAUUUCACGUGUUGACUCUCCAUGCGUACGCUCAUCAAACAAUAUUGUUAAUCGUUUAACCGCAUGGGCAAAAACAUUCACCUUCGACUUGUUUCGCAAGUUUUUCGAUCCCAAAGCCUUUCCCGGAUACCUAAAUCUUUUAAUGAACUUCCUCGACAAUUUUACUCACGGUUUAUCCGUGGGUGGAUCGUUCCUAAUUUCCUUCCGUGUAGGUGUCCUCAGUACGUUCACUAUUUUGGUGCAUGAAAUACCUCAUGAGGUUGGCGAUUUUGCUAUUCUAUUACGAAGUGGAUUUAGCAAAUGGGAUGCUGUGCGGGCACAGUUAAUCACGGCUAGCGGUGGGAUCGUUGGUGCUUUGGCAGCAGUCUCUUUUUCUGGUAGUUUAGAGGAAAGAACCAAUUGGAUAUUACCAUUGACCGCAGGAGGAUUCAUACAUAUUGGUUUAGUAACCAUCCUGCCUGAUUUGUUAAAAGAAACGAAUACAAAAGAAUCUUUGAAACAAUUUGGCGCUUUACUUUUGGGAGUUGUUAUCAUGGCUGCACUGAUCUUUAUUUAGGUCAAAUAUAUUUCAUUAUAAGAAUUAUAGCGAAUUCAAUUGCCGCAGUGCAUAUUAAAG